GUGUUCGGUUGCAGGCACAAGAACGUCGUGGUUUUUCUGCCGACCCCCGGACGGUCUCGGCUCGAAGCCCCACCCUUCGAGCACCCACCCCACCCCACCCCAACCCCCACCUCUCCUCCUCCUCCUCCCCUCCGCUUCCUGCACCGUCAAUCAAAGCAACAAAAAAAACACCAGCGACGCUCGCCCGGCGUCAGCGUCCGAGAGACACAAUGUUAACCGUAUAAACCGAGCCGGUGUGAGCUGAGCUGAGCCGUGCCGUGCCGCCCGAGGUGGGAGCCGCUAUGACUGCUCCAGAAAAGCCAGUGAAGCAAGAGGAAAUGGCUGCGCUGGACGUGGACAAGCAGAGCGAGUAUCUGCAGCACCGAAACGCCGCCGGCGCGCAGAACAUUCAGCCGUCACCGCUUGCAUUGCUGGCAGCUACGUGCAGCAAGAUCGGGUCGCCGCCAUCGGAGACCGUUGGAGCUACCACAACAGUUGGGACCGGGCUGCCGCUUGACUUGGCUUCCGCACAGCUAGCAGCGUCCAAUGGAUGGCAGUUAAUAACUUCAACACCAACUGUUGUAACAAAAGAUACUGCUGGUAAUUAUGUGCAAAUUACUGGACAGGUACCAGGAUCUCCAGUUACUGCUUCUGUACCAACAAGUGGACAAUAUGUUCUGCAAAGUUUACAGAAUCAACAGGUCUUUGCUGUUGCUCCAGGAUCAUCCACAGCUCCAACUGGUGUAGUGCCCAGUGUUCAAUAUCAAGUUAUUCCACAAAUCCAGCCUGGUGAUGGGCAGCACUUGCAAUUAGGUUUGGCUUCUUCUGGCACAGAUACAGCAUUACAGCAAGAUGGUAAUGGCCAAAUUCAAAUUAUUCCUGGUACCAACCAAACAAUAAUCGCUGGUAAGACUUCUUCAGGCAACAUUCUGUCUACCCAAAACCUUGUGUCACCAGCUGUUUCAGUUCAGAUACAGCAGGGCAAUGCUCACGUCCCUGUGCAAAUUCAAGGAGUAGCUUACAGUGGUACAUCUUAUCCUAGUCAAGCUCAGCUUCUUACCAAUGUUCCUGUUGGAUUAACGGGUAAUGUUGCUUUUGUGCCCAUUGGAAAUGUUGAUGUUGAUUCUCUUGGAACACCACCGACUUCAGAGUCUUUGAAUCAAAGUGACUCUGCAGCGAUUACUACGUCAAGCCAGAUGAUUAUACCUGUUUCAUCGGAAGCUAUAAAUAAUAUAGAUACCUCAACAAGGACAGAUGAGCAAAGUAUUCCUGGACCUGUACAGAACCCAGCUUCUGGUGACGCCAACACUAGUAUAGCUUCAUUUGUGCCAACGACGUCAGUGGGUCAUAUGGUUGUUUCUGAUGACCAUAUUGAUGAUGUGCAGCAAACCACCUCCAGUAGCAAUUCUACUGAAACCCCUGAUCAGAUUCAGGCAACAAAUGUGCUUCAUGUGAAUCAAGCUACUGUUGAUCAAACACAGCUACAAGACAUACAAGCUUCAACCUCUCAAACAGCUGAUCAUCAAAUUCAAUUUCAGUCGCAUCAGCAAUUUACUGUCCAGCCACAGAUUGUUCAGAGUAUUCCACAGCAGGCAAUACAGUCUAUUGCAGGACAGCCAAUUACUGCACAAGCCAUUACUCAGCAAGCUUUGCAGAAUGUUCAACUACAAGUAGUACAAAAUGCAGGCUCCUUAAUAUUACGAGCUCCAACAUUAACUCCAUCUGGAGAAAUUACCUGGCAAACCUUUCAGGUACAGAACAUCCAGAACUUGCAAAAUGUGCAAAUUCAGAAUGCACCAACCCAGCAGAUAACUCUGACACCAGUACAUACAGUCACAUUGGGCCAAGUAGCAUCCAGUGGGGCACUGACACCAAUUGCACCAGCUCCACUAACUGUUAGUAGCCCACAAUUACAGACAGCAACUGUGAAUUCGUUCACUUCUUCGAGCAUUCAGUUGCAACAAGGCGCACACAAUUCAAGUGUACAUAUAAAAGAAGAAGAGGAUGAUUCGGAAUCCUGGCAGUUAGCAUCACAACCUUCUACAGUCACUAAUGUGGGAACUACAACCGUCCUUGGUUCCAGUGAUUUAGCACAAGUGUCUGUGAACCUGGGUGAGGAAGGCAAUGAUCAGCAGUAUCAACCAGGGAAACGACUCCGUCGAGUAGCAUGUACUUGUCCUAACUGCAAGGAUGUUUUGGGAAGAUCCUCCAAUAACUUGGGCAAGAAAAAACAACAUAUUUGCCACUUUCCUGGCUGUGGAAAGACGUAUGGAAAAACCUCCCAUCUUCGAGCUCACCUUCGCUGGCACACAGGAGAACGACCUUUUGUCUGUAACUGGGUUUUCUGUGGAAAACGCUUUACUCGCAGCGAUGAACUGCAACGACACAGAAAAACACAUACAGGUGAGAAAAAAUUUGUCUGUCCAGAAUGCUCCAAACGCUUUAUAAGAAGUGACCACCUUUCAAAGCACAUCAAAACACAUCAGAACAAGAGAGCCAACCUUUCCAGCCACAACAGUGCAGCUAUAUCAUCAAUGGAAGUGACAUCUGCCUCUGAUGUUGGUAUCCUUACUUCAGGAGGAACUAUUAUGUCACCUGUAAUAGCGAGCAUUCAGCAGGGCCAUAUGGAAGGGAUUGGAACUGAUCAUUCUGAUGGUGCAAAUACUGAAGAAAUGUUACAUAAUACUGAUAUACAGUUAGUCACUAUUGGUGGAGAUGACUGUAUGGACUGAAAAAUGCCGUUUAUAGAAAAAACAAUGUGUUAGUGAUUUUAUAAUGGAGUAAAAAGCUAGUAAAUUUUGAGCUUUUUCUGCAGUCUUUUUAUCAGUGUGGUUCAAAAAAAUUCAUGUAUUAUGGAAAAGUGACAAUGUCACUAAAAUGCCUUAUUUUCUAUGUAUUUGUAAUACAGUAUUCAUAUAUCUAUUGAACACUGGCAAUGUUGCAUGUACAUUUUGCAGAUACUCACCACAUGUAGCAAUUUUUCAAAACUAGCACUCAUGAUAGAUUAUAUACACAGGGAAAUAGCUAUGCAAGACUGAUGAGGAAAUCUUGAAAAUUAAAAAGAUUUGGGGACGAUCCAGUUCAGAAUGGGAAAGUAUAUACAUCUUGAACACAAUUUAUUGUGAUAAAUCUGUUUUCUAUUAAAUUUCAUAGCAAUUUUCUAAUUCAAUGCAUUGCAUUUUCUGAUACAAAUAAGCGUAUUUCAGCCGUAAAGGGUCACCGGUGUGCAUUCUAAAAGCUGAUUAGUAAACUAGCUGUUUGCCAUUUAAAUGUCAAAGUAUGCAUUUCUGUGUAUCAUUAAGCUCUUUAUAAAAGAGGAAUAUUGUAAAAAAAAAAGGAUCUGAAGUCUUAAUCUAUUUUUUCAAUUUAUUAAAAGCCAUUUUUUUUCUUGCUAAAUGUUAAGGGUCAUCUGCCAAAUGACUGUGUGUUGAUUGUAAUUAACCUUGAAGUUUCAAAGUUAACUAUUACAUAAAACUGCUUUGACACAUUGCAGAUCCUUAUGCAUCUACCCUUUGUAAUUUUCUAUACAAGUUUUUACCUUAACUAUUUGUUGCGCAUAUAUAUAUUCGGUUUGUAUUUUUAUUGUGUAUUUGUUAAGGCGACAGAGGUAAUGCAUAACUAUUUAAUCUCUAUCAUCAUUUCAGUACCAUAGAAAUGGGGAUAAAGAUGCUACCAUUUGACUUUUUUUUUUCUUCACAAACCCCUAGGGUGACCAUUAUUGCUUCCAGAUGUGCAGUGCUGUUAAACUAUUCUGUUGCACUUUGCUUCAGGAUAUACGAGAGACAUCUUGUGCCAGUUAUAUUUUUUAAAGUACUGCAUCACUUUGUUGUUUUUACGCCCUUGAAAUUUAUUUUAACUGUCUUGUCCUUUUUUGUAAUGAAAUCAGAUGAGUGGAAUAAACAUUCAGAUUACAGUAUAAACCAGCUUUGAACUAACUGAAAUGAAUUGUGGUUUCAAUAUUUUCUUUGGUUUUAAUCAUUUUAAGAAACCACUAGUAUGAAGCUUUGGUGUCACGUGAUAUAGCAGCAUUCCUAUGGUCAAGUAGUACUGUGUGCAUACAGACACAGAUAUAGAGAAAAAUGUUUAUACCGUAACUCAGUUGAUCACUGUUUCUACUUUGAAUCCAAUUACUAUUUAGUAAAAGUGAUCUGAUUAUCUAGAACUCUGCAAAAAGCCUACAUUGUGCAUUGUAUUUCAACAUAGGAUUCAAGACUUUUUGAAGUUUCCCUGCAGUGAUAUUUGCAGUUUAAGUAUAGUUCCUUUAUUGCAGUAAUUAUUUUCCUCACAUAAGGUAUGUCAACUUGCAUUGGAAAAAUGGGCCUCAAACUCAGAUGUGUUAUGUGCAAGUGCCAACAGUUGGGGUAAAAAGUGUAUGUUACAUGUGAAAAUAUAUAAUGGAUAGUACUGUUUUGUAGUGACCUAUUGCAUUUUUUUUUUUUUUUUACUUUUCAUUAAUGUUUUAAAUAGAUUGUUUGAGCAGUUUUCUUUGCAUUUGAGAUAAACUAGAUCAUACUUUUCUCCCUACCUCUACCUUCCCUCCCAAAACAAUUAAUGUGGUAUUUUAAAACAAUGAUGAAACUUGAUUUUAAAAUUCAAUAAAAAAUAUAUACAUUGCCAUGUGGUAAUUGUCUAGUCUUACAUGUUCCUUCAAAAUGUAUAAAUAUAAAUUAAACUGCUAAUAAAGUAAGAUUAUACUAUCAACAAAUUGCUGACCUUAUUUAAAUUUUCAUCAGUAUUAAAAAACCAGUCUAUUUUUCUAUAAAAUUUGCAAAGCCUAAAUUACUUUUACACGUGGCCUCUGCAAUUUCAUUUGUUCAAAGGGGGAAAGUACAAAUUCUUAAAACUAGUUCCAUCAGAGUUUACAAAUAGCUAAAAUUGGCCAUUGCAUUUUUAAAAUAUUACUUCCCUUGCCUGUUGUAUUAUCAUGAAUACAGAUAAUUUUUGGUGUUUGUUUUUGCUAAAGUUGCAUGUUUAAGUUCCUGAUUCUGUAUGCUGACCACAUGAAUGCUAAGGUCAUGGUAUAGUUUAGGAAGUUAUAGAACUUUGUUCCUGGAUGUGUAAUAUCAUCUUGCCAUAUGAAAUGCGCUUAUCAAUGUGUAUUUCUUACUAACCCACUAAUAUAAUAUUUGUUGUAAAAUUUCAAAUACCAUCUUUGUUCAUCCAUUCUUCCUCCACUAUUAAUGUAAAACAGCAAUUGUGCAGAUGAAUGAAUGAAAAUUAAAACUGAAAAUAGGGAUACCCAUUAGAAAUAGCGUGCUUAUGUAAAACAUUUUAAAGUGAUUGUCAUUACCAUAAGGAAUUUUAAGAUUAAAGUCUAGUAAAAGUUUUGGCCUGGAAUGUAAGAGAAGUGUGGAAUGCUCCUAUUUUAAGCUCCCAUGCAUUAUUCCAAGGAAUGCUGGACAAACAAAUAAACCACAAUUGAGACCAGUUACA